UAACUCCAGAAAUCAUCCUCAUUUUCAGGCCACCCCUUGUCUCAUUAAGCCUCAUACAUAUUCUUCAUCCCACAUUCUUCAUUUUUCUCAAACUAAAAUGGAUUCUGCUGCUUCACUUCCUUCCUUCUACCUUAGUGCACCCACAAGCCCCAGCUGGCGAACCCCGGAAACCCUUCAAUUCUACAGCCUGCGUUCGAGCCCAUUGCAUCAAACCGAAUCAGACUACGACUCUGGUGCUGAUAAGCCCAAUGAUGAUUUCGAGUUCGAGUUCAAGAGUGGUCAGGUUUUAGCUAAUGGAUGGGACCAAGAGGACCACAAGUAUAGGCUACCGGCUCGAGCAAAUUCAUUUUCGACCAUCUCGUUUGCAGAUGAACUCUUUGGUAACGGUCAGGUUUUGCCUUUGAAACCCCCUCCACGGCUGCAGAGCUCGGUCCCCACCUCGCCAAGGUCAUUUAACUCGCGGGUCAGGAGCCCCUUUGGCCAGCGGUGCACGUGGAAUGAUGAUUUUGAUCCUUUCAAGAUUGCAUUAGAAAAGGUCACUGAGGAAGCAGAAGGAAGGGUGAGUGUCCAUAGACGGUCUCGUUCAUAUUCACCGUUUAGGGCUCGUAGUAUUUCUCGCAGGGUCAACUGCACCGAAGACUCUGACCAAGGUGAAGAAAAAGAACCAACGGUAACCGCGAUGGUGGAGCGCAAAGGAUCGAUGUAUUCAAGAUGGGUCCGGAGUCAAACCAUGGUCAAGAAAAGGUCAGACUGGAGUAUGCGACAAAACCCGACUACCCGGACCAUGAUCAAAAGGUUAUGCAUGGGCAGUAAAGAGCCCGUGAAGCCCAUUAAGCCGAAUGAACCAACCUCUAGAGGAUCAAAGAUGCAGAAACUUAAGUCGGUUUUACUUCGGUAUGCAUCUUUAAAGAAGGAAAACAGUGAAGGAAAGCAAACAAGAGACAUAGUGGCAAUAUCGAAAAUAAGUUAUAUCAAACGACUGAGCCACUCGCUCAAGACAAACCCGUGGAGAAGAGACUCGAUAGAGCCCAAAACGUCAAUUGUAAAACACGACAAGAAACUGCCUCGAUGCUUCGUCUAUGCUCAGGGUAGUCCCAUAUUGUUGUAGUUUACUUGAAUUUAAAUACAAUGAUUCUUUCAGUUAUGCUGACGAACUAAUUCUCGUCACAUCUGCACCAUGUAACCCGCCAUAUCAGUAUUACAAAUUUCAGUUCAUCCAA